CUGCCGCUAAUUUUGAACCCAAGUCUCGGUCAUUUCUGGCAUCCACCUCCGGCAGCUAAUCUUAUUACAAGCCCCAGAGAGAGAGAGAGAGAGAGAGAGACGGAGAGCCCACCGAUUUGAAAAAAAAAGCUGCGACUCCGCUCCGGACGCGCAAUGGCGAUCUCCGCCUGGAUUCUCGCCCCCUGCCUUCUCCUCUUCUUCUCACCGGCCUCCGGCACCGACAGCACAAACAAUCCCGCUGAUCAGCUCGUGGCAGCGAUCAACAGCAAUCGCACUGCCCACAAAUCAACCAAACUCUUCGACAACCCUGGUCUGGGCUGCAUCGCCCUCCAGUACAUCAAAGCCUAUCAGGGCCAGUGUGAUGCAUUGGGCGACAACAAGAAGCCCCCUGACUCCAGCUUUGCUGACACAUUGGCACCCAACUGUGGUGUGGAGGCGCAGACGCUCGCCCCUAUCAGCGGAAGGCUUCUUGCUUGCCAGUCCAAAUACGUCUCGCCUGACCAAGCUUUCUCUGAUAUCUUGAUUAGAAAUGCUGAAAGCCUGCAGAUAUUGUAUAACAAGAACCACACACAGGUUGGUGCGGCGGUGACCGGCACUGAUGGUGGAGCACCAUAUUUCUGGUGUGUAUUGUUCAGCAGUGGCAAGACUAACAGCACCUUUGUAUUGGAAGGUGGGGUGGCGAAGACGGUUCAUCCGGGUUGUUUCAGUGGCAACAAUGAUGAUUGCAGUGGUGCUGCCAGACUUGGCAUUGGGUUAUGGAAGAUGGUUGCUGGGGUUUUGAUUGCUAUGGCUUGUGCUGUUGGCUUAUGAAUGUUUACAUUAUCUAGUACUGCAACACAUCAUUUGUAAUUCGUUUUUGUGAUUCAAACAUUUUCUAAACAUUUUGAGAGUUCUGUUGUUUUCUAGAAUUUCGCAAAAGUUGUUGUAGUUUUAUCAGUUUAUUCCUGUAUCACUUGUAGACUUCUUUGUAGUAUUAUGCAUUAAUUUUCCAUAUGGCCUGAUCA